AGCUGGGGGUCCGCUUCGGACGGGGAGCCGUGCGGCAGACGAGCGUGUCUCCCUGACCCCUGCAAGCCGCGGACUCCGCUCUUUCCUUAGGCCCACCCCUCCUCCGUUCCCACUUUUGUUCCUUGGGUGAUUUCACGGCUGCCCAAGGGGAGGCCAGGGCACAAAAAGAUACCGCGAGCCAUUUAAAUCGGAGGGGCAGUGCAAGUCUGAAUGUUGAACCGGUGGAAGCCAGAGCUGGUGGCUUUGCUUCUGUGAGCUCGAAAUGCCGUCACAAACUAUGAAGAAAAACAGAGAAAGAGUCGGCCACAAAGACAGGGAAUUUGUGUAUGAAUUCAAAAUAGGGAAAGAAUGCUUGGAACUGAGGGUGCCCCUCCAAUUCCCCAUUCAAGAGAACGCCAGCCACCUUUGUGGACGUCUGUUGCCAUUGCACAACUUGCCGAGCUUUGUAGAAAACGACCUCAAAGAAGCGCUGAGCCAGUUCAUAGAGGAAGAAUCCCUGCGAGAUUAUGACACCGAGGCUGAAGCCUGCCUGGAUGCUGUGAAGUCGGGGGAAGUGGACCUGCACCAGCUGGCAAGUGCAUGGGCCAAAGCAUACGCUGAGACCACGCUGGAACACGCGCGGCCCGAGGAGCCCAGCUGGGAUGAGGAUUUUGCCGACGUGUACCAUGAGCUCAUUCACUCUCCCGCCUCUGAGACACUCCUAAACCUGGAGCACAAUUACUUCGUCAGCAUCUCAGAACUGAUUGGCGAAAGAGACGUGGAACUGAAGAAGUUAAGAGAGAGACAGGGUAUUGAAAUGGAGAAGGUAAUGCAGGAAUUGGGAAAGUCUCUGACGGAUCAAGAUGUAAAUUCGCUGGCUGCUCAGCAUUUUGAAUCCCAGCAAGACUUAGAGAACAAAUGGUCGAAUGAAUUAAAACAGUCAACGGCCAUCCAAAAACAGGAGUAUCAGGAAUGGGUGAUUAAACUUCACCAAGACCUCAAAAACCCCAACAACAGCUCCCUCAGUGAAGAAAUUAAAGUUCAACCAAGUCAGUACAGAGAAUCUGAAGAAGCAGCCGGAAGGAUUUAUGAGGAACAGAGAAAGCUAGAAGAAAGUUUUACCAUCCAUUUAGGAGCCCAGCUGAAGACCAUGCAUAACUUGAGGCUGCUCAGAGCAGACAUGCUGGACUUCUGUAAGCAUAAGAGGAAGCACCGGACCGGAGUGAGGCUGCAUCGGCUACAGACGGCGCUCUCGCUCUACUCCACGUCGCUGUGCGGCCUGGUGUUACUAGUGGAUAACCGAGUUAACUCGUACAGUGGUAUUAAAAGAGAUUUUGCCACAGUUUGCCAGGAGUGCACCGACUUCCACUUCCCCCGGAUUGAAGAGCAAUUGGAAGUUGUCCAGCAGGUGGUCCUUUAUGCUAGCACCCAGCGCAGGAGUAAACUGAAAGACUCACAUGAUUCUGGAAACCAGAACGGAGGAAGCGACGAUAAAUCCAAGAAUACUAACAGAAGCUAUUUAAAUAUUUUACCUGGGGAAUUUUACAUCACCCGGCAUUCUAAUCUCUCAGAAAUCCAUGUUGCUUUUCACCUCUGUGUGGAUGACAAUGUCAAAUCGGGGAAUAUCACUGCUCGGGAUCCAGCCAUUAUGGGACUGCGAAAUAUCCUCAAAGUUUGCUGCACCCAUGACAUCACCACCAUAAGCAUUCCUCUCCUGCUGGUCCAUGACAUGUCUGAGGAAAUGACUAUACCCUGGUGUUUAAGGAGAGCCGAGCUGGUGUUUAAGUGUGUCAAAGGGUUCAUGAUGGAAAUGGCUUCGUGGGAUGGCGGCAUCUCCAGGACGGUGCAGUUUCUGGUUCCACAGAGUAUUUCUGAAGAGAUGUUUUACCAGCUCAGCAACAUGCUGCCCCAGAUCUUCAGGGUUUCCUCCACGCUGACGCUGACAUCCAAGCACUAGGCCCUGGGAGGCGGACGCGCUGGCAGAGGAGGACUGCGAGGCUCUCCAGGAACUCGAGCUAUGCAGGGUUCUGUCAAGAGAAAGGCACCCAGCCCAAGCCGCAAAUCAAACCACCACACCAUGUCUGCUACGCGUCCCGAAGCUUUCCAUCCUGCAGGGACCCAGGGCUCGGUCCCCACCUUACACAUUUGUUUGUGAAAGAACCUCUCUCUUUUCUACCAUCACCGCCCCUCCUGAACACUGGUGUGUAUUCAACCUUGCAGUGUCGCAGCCCGGUACACACCUGCCUCAGGAAACUGUUGGCUACAUUUUUGGAGAGACGCUUACAUUUUUUUUUUUUUAAAUGGGCUUGAGUUGUAUCAGGUGCAAGCCGUUACACAUGCAAGAUCUGCCUUUCCCAUUUGCCAAAUCAAAAUCUAAAGAUCCCGAAAGAGACUUUGUAAGUAU